GCCCAGUAGAUUAUUUGAUCUGCGUGGGAUUAAUUAGGCUACUGAUUGUAGAAGCCUCACGGGGAAUAUCUAAUAUCUUUGAAUUUCAAAGAGCGAAGUUUCCCUGGUGUUAGAAAAGAUGUCUGACCGUGAGUGGGUCACCGAAGCCGACGAAUACGUUUGUCAGCUGUCUGCGGAGACCCAAGCCAUAGCUAAGGAGGAGCUGCGCGAAGAUGAGAAUUCGCGUCGUACCGCGCUGGCCUCCAUGCGGGAAUGGAUCAAGCAGAACCCCAAAAUAAGGAAUUGUAGAAUGGAUUCCAGCUUCUUGUUGCGAUUCUUGCGUUUCAAAAAGUUCCACGUGACCCUCGCCCAAGAAGCACUGGAACGGUACGUCCUGUUACGGCAGACGUUCGGAGUGGCCUUCAACUGUCUAGACAUCACCAUACCCAUGAUGCAGGAACUCACCAAUUUGGGAUACAUGUUCGCUUGUCCCAAAAGGGACAGCAAGGGUAGGAGGGUGAUAGUGACUCGUCCAGGUGUGUUCGAUCUGGAUAAGUUCAUGAACGGAGACAUGUGCAGAAUUCACGGCAUCGUCUACGAGACUCUGAUGGAGGACGAGGAAAACCAGGUGCGCGGCUUCGUCCAUUUCGCCGACGGACAGGGCGUCGGAUUCGCCUACUUGACGCUGUUUACCAUCAAGGAGGCCGUACGCAUCGUCAAAAACGGAGAGCGAACUCUGCCUAUGAGACACAAGGAAAUUCACGGAAUUCACGUCCACCCGUCCAUGAAAUUCGCUCUCGAUUUCGGCAUGUCCCUGAUUUCGGAGAAAAUCAAAAGUCGUGUCAAGCUGUACUCGAACUUACAAGAAGCCCUCGACAGCGGGCACAUAGAACGAGACAUCCUUCCCAAAGAAUAUGGCGGGACUAUGCCAAUGUCCGAGAUGAUUGAACUGUGGAAAGUGGAAUUACAUAAAUGCCAUCCUAUUCUGAUGUCUCAUGACAAAAUGGCUGUGAAUGAAGAGCUAUUUAGUGCAAAGGCAAAGGAAGGUGCAGUUUCGGCAUUGAAAAGAAAUGGAGUUUCGUGUGGGUCCGAAGGUGAUUCGCUCUGUGGUAUUACAGGAAAUUUUAGAAGAUUAGAAGUAGAUUAAAGGAAAUACAUUUUGAACAUUCACACAUUUAUCACCAUCAUUUGAUCAUCAUCUUGAGUACUGAUUUUAUAUUAUAUACAGUGUGUCCCACUUAACCAUGCUCACCAUGGGUAUCUUUUUAACGGUGAGAGAUACGAGGUCGGUUAAAUGACACCAAUUGUGGAGUUUGUCAAGGCCAACUAUAAUGUGAAAAAAUAUUUUGAUAAAAUCUAUUCGUUUUUGUUUUAUACGCAAAAAACAGAUUUUGAUCAUUUUCAUGUCUUCCCCGUGACUUCUUUAUUUAUGAAAAUAUUCAAAUAGG